GUUAUGUCUCCUUGGUGAUGGUAUAGUACAUUAAUAUGAUCAAUGAAUGGAGAUCCAAUAUACACCUAUAUAUAUAUAAGAAUGUUCACUUCUUAUAUCUACCAUUGAUCAUAAAAGUGAUUCAAAAACUCUUGUGAUUAUGAACACUCUCUCCCAAGUCUAUGAGGAUGGCACCACCUUCUCUCACAAUAUCAUCCCUCUUGACUUUGAAUCAAUCGAUGGGGUCCCGGAAUCCCAUCUAUGGUCUCAGUCCGAUGAAUCACAUCAAAAGAUUCAAACCAACAACCCUCGUGAUUCAUUGAUUCCAGUUAUCGACCUCUCCGAUCCUUGUGCAAUAGAUCUCAUUGGUCAAGCAUGUAAAACUUGGGGCAUGUUUCAAGUCAUUAACCAUGGAGUACCCUUGGAGUUGGUAAAAAAGGUCGAGUUUGAAGCACGAAGGCUUUUUGCUCUCACGACUCAUGAAAAGCGCAAAGUGUUGAGAUCACCAACUGGAGCAACGGGCUAUGGUUUGCCUAGGAUAUCGCCGUUCUUCGCGAAGUGUAUGUGGCAUGAAGGAUUCACCAUCAUGGGUUCUUGUGUUGAUGAUGCUAAGGUUCUUUGGCCACAUGAUUACCAAAGAUUUUGUGACACCAUGGAUGAUUACCAAAACCAAAUGAAACUACUUGCCCACAAACUCUUACUUCUAAGCCUUCAAACAUUAGAUGUAACACAAGAAGAAAUAAAUUGGGCAACUUCAACUCAUGGCUCUAAUGGUGCACUUCAACUUAAUUCAUACCCAUCGUGCCCUAAUCCUAGUCGCACCCUUGGUCUUGCACCUCACACAGAUUCCCUCCUCUUAACCAUUUUGAACCAAUAUGGUAUAACAGGUUUAGAGAUCUUUGUUGAAGGGUUAGGGUGGAGUCCUGUGUCUCCCAUUGAAGGUGCAUUUGUGGUGAAUGUAGGUGACCUUUUGCAUAUAUUCUCUAACGCAAAAUUUCCAGUUGUUUAUCAUCGAGCCAUGGUGAAUCAGUCAAAGCACAGAAUAUCGGUUGCUUACUUUUAUGGACCUCCGAUUGAGUCUACAUUGGCUCCUUUGUCUAAUUAUCAAGACCCUUGUUUCAGAUCUUUGCUUGUGAAAGAGUAUAUAAGAUUGAAAGCCACAUAUAACGAUAAGGCUCUAUCCUUGAUUCGAAUAUAAGUUUCUUUUUUAAUUUGUCACAGUUUUACAUGUAAUUUGGCCAAU